CAUGCUUCAUGUGUAAGCAGAGCAGGCUUUCUGCUUCAGAUCACUUGUAUUCUGAUGAAAGGGGCAAGCAGCACCGCUUUUAUGUCCCAUACCUCCAGGCUUUUUACUAUAAAGGGAGAACGCAUCUCAUCCACUGUCAGAAUCGCCCUAAACAAACGAUGCUAUUUAAGAACACAGCUUGCCUGAAGGGUGAAGAUCCCUAAUAAGAUUGCAAGGAAGUCUGGAGUCUGAAGAAAAUACAGCCUGUGAAAUUAGGUGAAAUAACAACCAAAACGACAGGGGUAGAGAAAAACAAGCAUGUGAUAUUAUAUUUUCACAAGCUGGAAGCAAGACGAGUAGCAAUAACGGAGCCACAAGGCGUUAGAGGUGUUUCUAUUAGCUGUAAGAAAAAAAUAAGAAACGUUGAUCCUAAAAAAAGCGGAAUGGUUCCAGAGAACAUCAUAAUGGGUGAACCUGUGGAAAAAGAGUCUGAAUUUGGGAACUCAGAACAACCCCAUUCCCCAGCUUCAACCAGCAGCCAAGAGUCAAAGCUUCAGAAACUUAAGAAAUCCCUUUCAUUCAAGACAAAAACCAUACGGAGUAAAAGUGCAGACAACUUUUUUCAGAGGACUAAUAGUGACAUGAAACUAAAUGUGGAAAUAGAAGCACAAGAAUGUCCAACCAGCACAAGUCACAUCCCAACCUCGCAAAGUCAACAAUCUACUCCUACGAAAGAAACACAGCAGGCGGAUAAAGCCCACAUUUUCCAGGAGCAUAUUUUUAAAAAGCCUACGUUCUGUGAUGUAUGCAACCACAUGAUUGUAGGGACAAAUACAAAACAUGGCCUACGCUGCAAAGCUUGCAAGAUGAGCAUUCAUCACAAAUGUGCAGAGACCAUCAGUUUUCAGCAGUGCAUGGGAAAGCUUCCAAAAGGUUUUCGACGCUACUACAGUUCUCCUCUCCUAAUCCAUGAGCAGUUUGGCUGCAUUAAAGAAGUAAUGCCAAUUGCAUGUGGUAACAAAGUAGACCCUGUUUAUGAAACCCUGAGGUUUGGGACGUCCUUGGCACAGAAAAACAAGAAGACCGUUUGUGGAAGUGGUUCCGAGUCGCCUAAUAGGAACUCUACAACAGACCUGGCUGAAGUACCUGAAGAAGGGGAUUGCUCACUCUCAUUGGAUAUAUGUGAACAAGGAAGAGAUAGCGUGUUCAGUUACUUAGAAAAUGGAUCAGGGGAUUUCAAUGAAGAUCAGCAACAGAAGAUUAUUUACUCCAUGACACCUCCGUAUACAGAUCCUGUGGAUGCUUACGUUGCCUUGUAUAAGUUUGUACCCCAAGAAAUUCAAGAUUUAGCAAUAAGACCAGGAGAUAUUAUAACGUUAUUGGAUGAUUCAGAUGAAGACUGGUGGAAGGGUAGAAUAGAAGAUAGAGUGGGUUUUUUCCCUGCUAACUUUGUUCAGAAAGUCCAUCAAAAUGAAAAAAUCUACCGCUGCAAUAGGACAUUUAUUGGAUGCAAAGAACAAGGACAAAUAACAGUUAAAGAAAAUCAGGUUUGUACGAGUUGCGAAAAUGAACACAAUGGCUUUCUUAAGGUAACCAGUGGGAAGAAAAAAGGCUUUGUACCUUUAGAUGUUCUAGAGAAUAUCUGACUUAAUAUCCUGAAUGUCACUACUGGACAUGCUUUCUGGAAAUGAAGUCUACUUUAAGUGGCUUCACAUCAGCAAGAGAAGUUGCAUACUGACCAAUGUUAAGUGGACAGAAAGUUGUAAUAGACCAGAAAUAAAAUUACUUUGAAGACUGUUAGUAAAAUAAAAUUAGGUUGGUAUAAGACUGAGUGAAAUAAAAUAAUCUUCCUAAAUGGAAAAGCUUGUUGUGAGUAGAUUGAUUUACUAUGAUAGUAUACACUUAUAUAAAUCAUUAAACAAAA